AAAAAGCUAAGUGAUGCAAGGCUCACUGAACGAUUUGCUUUUAUCAAUCCAGCUUUAGUCUCUAAAGCUGGAAUGGGUGAGACAACAAAGGAAAAUAGGUCAAGGUUGAUUGCAAAUCGUUUAAUGCAUGCAAAGCGUGCUGACUACAUUUUUAUUCCAUAUAACCCUGAUUUCCACUGGGUCUUGGUGGCAUUGGAUAUGAGGACAAUGACUGCGUACUACCUUGAUCCGAUGCAAAAGCAACCAUGUGAUGAUCUUAAGGAAAUUGUUAACAUGGCACUACGAAUUCAUCCACCAGAGAAACAAAGAUCAUCAAAGAGGGAGCCGACAUGGGUAAAAGUAGUGGUAAGUUACUUGGUUAGAGUAAGAUAUAUCAUAUGACCACUUAUAUCAACCCUAAAAUUUGAAUAUGGUUUUAUGUUUUGUCACUUAGAUAAUAAUGACAUAAAACAUCAUGAUAUUAAUGUUUUUA